AUCAAGUCCGGCAGCUGUCGACGACGGCGUCGUAGCUCCGAUUGGCUUAAAAGUAGAGAUCUAGGUUACUGAAUCGCACCGCCUCCAGAAUCUAUCCGACCUGAAAUCGGAUUAGAUACACAGUGAAGAGAUUUGAGAGACAAGUUAAGCGAAAGGAAGAAUGGUGGAGCCGGUGAACUCUUCGUUUGGGAAAAUGCUAUUGGAGGAAGUUAGUCCAGUGGUCAUGGUUCUCUGUACGCCUCUUGUUGAAGAGACUUUCCUCAAGAAUGGUCUAUCCUUUGUGGAAACGCUCAAGCCAUUCUGCAACUUUCGUAACAUCGAUGUGCCUGUUCGGACAUCAAGUGAUCAGCUUUAUCGGCUAAAGAAGUUUACGUUGAGAUUGUUUUAUGCCUCCGAUAUAAAGCAACCAAACGUAGAGGUUGCAAAGCAACGGCUAGAACAUGUUAUUACUCAAGCUGGGGAGAAGGAUUUUCAGGAUAUGAAAUCUGACCCUCCUCAAAUUUCUGAUAUACUCUCUAAUCCAGAGUCUGAAAUUGCACCCUCAUGGUUUCAGUAUUACAAUAAAGAACUUAUACGUACAUUGUCGUUUUCAGACCACGAAGCUUUCGAUCAUCCUGUGGCUUGUCUCUUGGUCGUUUCAUCAAAAGACGAAGAACCUAUAAAGAAAUUUGUAGAUCUUUUUAACUCCAAUAGAUUACCUACUGAUGGUACAAUGGACCCAAAUAUUUUGAAGCAUUACUUGUUGGUGCAUGACAAUCAAGAUGCAACAACAGAGAGAACGUCUAAAGUCCUGUCAGAGAUGAGAAGUCAAUUUGGAAAUAAUGAAUGCAACUUACUUUGCACUAAUUCAUCUAAAGAGGGGAACGUGGAACAUCAGGCUAAUCCCUGGGCUUCAUUUAAAUCAAGUGUUUCGGCCGACAAACUUGGAUGUGCUCUCACUGGUGACGAUAUUGUGGAGAUCAAAGAUCUGAUGCAAGAGUUUGCUUCCAGGCAUAUUAUUCCUUACAUGGAGCAGAAAGUUCGAGAACUUAAUCAACAGAUUUCUGCAACAAGGAAAGGUCUUAGAAACCAGUUUAAAAGCUUUUUUAGAAAAGGAAAAGUCGAUGGUCCGGAUGCGACCAAAGGUUCUAUGUAUACAUAUAGCUCCACCGAAUCUCAAAUUAGAAUUUUGGGUGACUACGCCUUCAUGUUGCAUGAUUAUGAACUUGCAUUGUCAAGCUAUCAGUUAAUAUCAACAGAUUACAAUCUCGAUAAAGCAUGGAAGCACUAUGCUGGUGUUCAGAAACUUGGGAAGUCUGGCUUCCAAAAUGCUACGAGAUGUGGGCUCUGGUGGGCAGAGAUGCUAAAGGCUAGAGAUCAGCACAAAGAAGCUGCUUCUGUUUACUUCCGCAUAUGUGGAGAGGAACCCUUGCACGCUGCAGUCAUGUUGGAGCAAGCUUCUUACUGUUUCGUGUUAACUAAGCCAGCGAUGCUACACAAGUAUGGAUUUCAUCUAGUUCUCUCAGGAGAACACUAUAAAAACUGUGAUCAGGUUAACCAUGCAAUUCGUACAUACAAAAGUGCAAUCUCUGUUUAUAAAUCAACUACAUGGAGCCAUAUCAAAGAUCAUGUAUAUUUUCAUAUUGGACAGUGGUAUGCAAUUGUUGGGAUGCAUGAUGUUGCUGUUAGAAACAUGCUCAAAGUACUGGACUGUGGCUACCAAUCCAAGGCAACCCAAGAAAUUUUUCUCAGGGACUUUUUCGACAUUGUUAAGAAAACUGGAAUGAAGCAUGAGGUGGUGGGACUUCAACUACCAGUUAUUAAUAUGUUGUCUCUUCAAGUUAUAUAUGAAGACCAUCGCACUUAUGCAUCUCAAGCUUCUGCUCUUGUAGAGGAGAGCAUCUGGCAAUCACUGGAGGAUGAUAUCAUUCCAUCAUUAAAUUCUGGCAAGUCAAAUUGGCUGGAGUUACAGUCAAAGCUUCUGCCAAAGAAAUACAAGGAAUCAAAUGUUUGUGUCGCUGGAGAGUCGGUGAAAGUGGAUCUGGAGUUUAAGAAUCCGUUGCUAAUUUCUACUUCCAUAACAAGUGUGUCUCUAAUCUGUGAACUUACCGCAAAUUCUGAUGACCUAAAAUUAGAUAAUGAGCCAAGUAGCUCAAGCUUGGGUCCUGAGAUUUCCACAGAACAUAAUCAGGUUACAACCUCCGGUUUUUCUUCUUUCACUUUGUCUGAAGUGGAGUUCACAUUAGGUGGAGGCGAGAAAAAAUUGGUGAGACUCACUGUUACCCCCAGUGAAGAAGGUAUCCUCAAAAUUGUCGGUGUAAGGUGGGAGUUGUCUGGUUCCAUCGUAGGUGUGCAUUACUUCCAAUCUGUGCCUGUAAAGGCAAAAACUGCGAGAGGAAGAAGGAAAAACAAACUUACACCCACUGAUGCGUUGAAAUUUUUAGUCAUCAAGAGUCUACCCAGGCUUGAGGGUUCUAUUGAUCAUCUGCCUGAGAAAUUGUAUGCUGGAGAUCUACGUUAUCUUGUUUUAGAGUUAAGAAAUAAGUCAGAAUCCCCAAUAAAGAAUCUUAAAAUGAAGAUUAGCCAUCCAAGAUUUGUAAGUCCUGGAAAUCAUGAAGAAGAGCUGGCAACCGAAUUUCCAGAUUGCUUAAAGAAGGGCGAUGAACAAAAUAUUGUUCAGCAUGAAACAAAUAGAACAAGUAGUGUAUUUGCUUUUCCAAAGGAUGUAUCACUGCAAGGAGACAGAUCAUUAAGGUGGCCUCUUUGGCUUCGAGCUGCCAUCCCAGGAACGAUAUCUUUGUAUUUUACAAUAUACUAUGAGAUGGAAAAUGUAUCAAGCAUCAUGAAAUACCGCACCCUAAGGAUGCAUUAUAAUUUGCAGGUUUUACCGUCUCUACAGAUCUCAUUCGAAAUCACCCCAUCUCCAUCAAGAUUGCAAGAAUUUCUUGUGCGUAUGGAUAUCGUGAACCGUGCGAAUUCAGGUUGUUUCCAAAUUCACCAAUUGUCAACAGUUGGGAGCCGGUGGGGUAUCUCGUUGCUUCAGCCUGUUGAUACAAUCUUACCUUCCAAGUCUCUACUCGCUGGGCAAGCUUUAUCUUGUUUCUUCAUGAUAAAGGAUUGCAGAAAAUCCGGGACUGAAGACGAGGAAACCAUGUCCCUUCCUCCCAGCCAAACCGACGUAAAAUUGUUUACUCAGGAUGACGAUGAAAAGCUUUUCGAUAUCGUUAGCUCACCUUUAGCAAGCUUCCAUGAUAGUGAAAGGUCAUGUCAGGGACCCUCGGUUCAGGUAGGUCCAAAUACCGUUGACUUCAUUCUAAUCUCUCGCCUGGCUAAAAGCAGCAGUCCAUCAGCAGUUCCCGAUUUACCAAAGAUUUUGACUCACCAUUCAUGCCAUAACAGUAUCAGAAGCUCGAGUCCGCUCUCGUGGUCACUAGACGGUCCCCAAACCAUACACCACGACUUUUUGACCUCCUUGUGUGAAAUAAAACUAAAGAUGGUAAUCAGAAACACAUCUGAUGGAUUAUCAUCUGUGACCAUCAACACGAAUGAUUGUCUACCAGACGCAGCAGCACCUACUUCUUCCUCUGGAAACCAAUCCGGGUGGCGCUACCUGCCAACCGUAAUAGAGGAAAUGAAACUAACUUCAGAUGUAAUGGGAAGCCGCCUGGGAAAACCGCCAUCUUCCAUGGAAAGCUCACCUCCAUUCAUAUGGUCAGGUUUAAGUUCCACAAAGGUCCAAAUCCAGCCAUUAUCCACAACCGAAAUCCCGCUGCAGAUAUCAGUUUUCUCUCCAGGUAUCUACGAUCUGUCUUCAUAUAAACUUAACUGGGAGCUAUCUGAGCAUGAAAGUGCAACAUCAUCAGGGACAUGCCAAGGUUAUCCUUAUUACCUUACUGUUCUUCAGUCUGAGUGAGCUUUUUAUAGUUCACUCUAAUGGUUGGAUAUCUCCAUUAUUAAGCAUGAGAAUGUUCUAUUAUAUGAUGUGUCAUUGUCCUCUGUGAAUUCAUUUUGCUGGUUUUUACGUCUGAAUUUUUAAAUUUUGAUUGUAAGAAAUGCUUCUAGUAGGA